AUGGAUCCUCCAGGCUCACCUAACACCGCACGAGAACUCAAUGUCUCGGUAGGUACUCCCGCAACCCGGGCUUCGGAUGCCCCGCCAGACACACUGAUUCGCAUCGACAGCGUUCCACAAGCCUUUAUCAACCAGCUUUGGAGCCAAGUACGCUGCACCAAGUUCGAAUCACCUGCGAGCGAGUCCAAUAUCCGAUUGUUCAACGACUUGGUUCGAAGCGUUAUGCAGGAUAAUCAUCCUCUUCCGCAUCUGUCUGAUGUUUCAAGCAUGGUCAGCAGCCUGCUGUUGUUCAUGUUGGCGAGUGAGGAAUGCCCUGAAGAAGACUCUCGCCUUGACGAUGUGCCCGAGCCGAACAUUGUGCUGGUGACUCCUCAGCAAAUCUUAAUGAGCAGUGACACUGCCCGUUCUGAUAUCACGUCUCUAGCCAGUCCGCAGAUCGAACUUCCGUACUCCUUGCAAGCAUUGGAACCCGCCAUCCACGAACCCGCUCCAGCACCGCCCGGUUGUGUUCUUAUAAAUUUGGAUGGGGACGACGUAUUCAUGCGCGAAGAAGACUUUGGAGAGCUCAUUGACCAUGAGGGAGUGCUCAUGAAUGAGAGUGAGUUCAUGCAACAUCUUGCUGAACAGUGGGCCAUCGAGGAAGGCGAGCCGAUGGUUCGUGAUCAACACACCGAGACCGUUGACAGCAGCGAUCCGUACGGACUCCUUACGUGGGGUGCAGUAGACGACGUGAUGCACGGAUCCGGCCGCGUCACAUUUAGGGAAGCACUCGAUAGUGCUCUUGGAGAUGCUUUCCGGGCCAACGGUUUCCUGAUGGAGUUCGACCGCGACCGUGAGAACUACCGAUUGCGUUGA